ACGCACAAUAAUUCAAACCAUGUGGACAACAAAACUUCAUAAGCGCUUAGUCGAAGCCACUUAUCACGCGUUGUUCAAAAGGCACAACCUCCUCUGAGAAACAUACCUUUAGCACCCAUGAUUACCACUGACGAAGAAAUCUACCACCCAUGUCCUCGUCCGGAUCCCACCCAAAGUUGGAUUAAACCUGAAGACCUACCGAAAUGUUCCACGGAAAAGACGCUUCCUGAAGAAUACCGCUUCAACGCCCGACGUUUUAGGCUUGAGCCUGGAUACAUCAAACCCCGAAAAUUAUUCUACGGGUUUGGGGUAGAUAUACAAGAUUUUCUCGACUAUCACCAGAGGCAUAAACUACCUCGACCACCGCCAAUGGACAACCAAGCGAGCUUGUGGCACUAUAUCAUGGACGAUGUCAUGGAGGAUCUAAAUGCUCAUUGCUGCUUUGAGCUCGAGCGUAUACUACCUUUGUCACCAAAGUACGACUGCGCAAUUGCGCUCUAUAAUUCCCACCACAUUAGCGUCACAGAGUUGGAGGACGACGAAGAGGAAGAUGUUAUUCGGAUUAUAAAGGAGAGAUUCGGCGAUGUUGUUGCUGCACAGAGACCGCAGUGGUUUUCCCUUCUCAUGGAUUCAACCCACUGAUGCCAUUCAGAUUUACUUCUUCCCUUCGCUCGUUGUUUUCUAGAAUUCCUUAUGUUCGCACACAAGUCAGCCUAUUCAGGCGCCAACUCCGGAGAUGUUGCAAUGUUCCAUGCUCCUUAGACGAAAGCAAGUCAUCGCCGCUGCUCUAAUUUGAUGUUACCAUUUUGCACAAACUCCACCAUUGUCAUCAUAAUUGUCCUUAACGAAUGAUAUCCACUGA